CCCGGCUGUCAGCAGCUGAGAGCAGUGUCAGCCACACAGAUCUUUUAUUCUUAUUCAGCUUUCCACCGAUCACAGCCGCCAACAUGUUCGAGGAAGCGAGUGAGGUGUUUGACAACAUGUUUAAGUCUUCGUUUCCCCUGACCUUCAUCGUCUUUCUCCCCGCGGUACUGAUCCUGGUGUCCCCGCUGCCAGCCGAGGCGGCACACGAGUUCACCGUGUACCGCAUGCAGCAGUACGACCUGCAGGGACAGCCGUACGGUACCAGGAAUGCUAUCCUGAACACGGAGGCUCGUACUGUGGAGGCAGAGGUAUUAAGUCGCCGCUGUGUGAUCAUGCGGCUGGCAGACUUCUCCUAUGACAAGUACCAGAAAGCACUUCGGCAGUCGGCGGGGGCUGUGGUCAUCAUCCUGCCCAAGAACAUGUCAGCUAUGCCGCAGGACAUAGUACAGCAGUUCAUGGAGCUGGAGCCAGAGAUGUUGGCCACUGAGACCAUCGUCCCUGUCUACUUCGCUAUGGAGGAUGAAGAGCUGCUGUCUAUCUACCUUCAGACUCUGACCUCUUCAUCCUCGCAGGGCUCCUUGUCGGCAGCUGAAGUCCUGCUGCACACAGCCACAGCCAAUGGCUUUCAGAUGGUGACGAGUGGAGCUCAGAGCAAAGCCAUCAGUGACUGGGCCAUCACAAGUUUAGAGGGUCGUCUGGCUGGAGUUGGUGGAGAAGAUCUUCCCACUAUUGUUGUGGUGGCCCACUAUGACUCCUUUGGUGUUGCCCCUUGGCUGUCUUACGGAGCGGACUCUAACGGCAGUGGAGUGUCCAUGUUACUUGAGCUGGCUCGUCUCUUCUCCAAACUCUACACCUACAAGAGGACACAUGCUGCGUAUAACCUGCUGUUCUUUGUAUCCGGUGGAGGAAAGUUUAACUACCAGGGAACCAAACGUUGGCUGGAGGACAAUCUGGACCACACAGACUCCAGUCUGCUGCAGGAUAAUGUUGCCUUCGUCUUGUGUCUGGACACGCUGGGAAAUGGAGACUCUCUGCACCUUCAUGUGUCCAAACCUCCCAAAGAGGGAACCCCUCAGUUUUCUCUGCUCAAAGAACUGGAGAUGGUGGUCACAAGUCAAUAUCCAGAGGUGAAGUUCUCGAUGGUUCACAAGAAAAUCAACCUGGCCGACGACAUGCUGGCCUGGGAGCACGAGCGCUUUGGGAUCCGUAGACUGCCGGCCUUCACUCUGUCUCACUUGCCUUCGCACCGCCUGGCUCAGCGCUCCAGCAUCAUGGACGUGCGGUCAGUGUCCCUCUCCUCUCGCCACGGAGCGGGAGAGCCCCCUGCUGGGCCUCACGUGGACGUAAAGAAACUUGGCAGAAACACCAAGGUGGUUGCAGAAGCUCUGGCCAGAGUAAUUUACAACUUGACAGAGAAGGGCGCACCUGGAGACUUGCAGAUUUUCACUGAACAAAUGCAGGUGCAGGAGGAGCAUCUGUCAGCAGUGGUGGACUGGCUCACAGCGCAGCCCCGAGCUGCACAGCUGGUGGACAAAGACAGCAGUGUGGUGUCCACUCUGGAGUAUCACCUGGGACGCUACCUCAAAGACGUCAAGAGACACUAUGUCAAAGCAGAUAAAAGGGAUCCUGAGUUUGUGUUCUACGACCAGCUGAAGCAGACUAUGAACGCCUACAGAGUGAAGCCAGCUAUUUUUGACCUGCUGCUGGCUGUCUGCAUUGCAGCCUAUUUAGGGAUGAUGUAUCUCGCUAUCCAGAACUUUGGAGUCCUGUACAGCGUUGUCCGUAGGAUCACUCAGCCUAAGAACAAGGCCCACUGAGAGCACACCACAUGGCGCCGCCUCCCCCCUCAGACCCUGAUGCACCUCCUCUCCUCAAGUGUAAAGAACUCUUGCCAGUGCGAUGCGGACGUGGGACCGAGCUGCUGUUCUUACCAAGGUUUUUUCCAACCAGCAGGUUCACGUCUCUGUCCUUUUUCAUAAUCCCCUUCUUAUGAUGUCAGACCAUUUCCUGCUCUCAGCUUCGUUCAUUUGAUCUCGGUAAUCACUUUUCCUCCAGCAGUCAGUCACAGUCGUCCCUCCUGUUGUGUUUUUAUGAUUUUCCUCAUGUGAGGGACCUCACGGUGGCUGUUCUGCCGCUCUUCAUCAUUCUUCUCAGUAUACUUAAUGAGCCAAACCGACGAUCAUGUGUUGUCUCAGGCAGCUAUAGAGAGAAACCGAACACUUUCAGCCCCAGCAUGCCCACCAACCCUCAGGUUAAAGUCUCUUUCAACACUUUACUUACAUUUUUAUGUACUUCAAAAAAAAACAACAGACUUAUCACAGUCAUUUCUUCUCCCUUGUUAACCGUGCAGAGGAUUAUACUAAAGCUUAAUUU